GACAAAACUUACAGCCAAAUCGACAAAACUUAUCUCUCUCCAAAACAUUUGGUCCAUACGAUAAAGCAAGAAAGAAGAAUUAACAAAUUCAAGAAGACGAAGAAGAAGAAGAUGAAGCAUGAAAUGGUGAACAUCAAGCUACGUUACAUAUCAAUCUUCUUUCUUCUCUUUGCUUUGCUUCUUGGAAAUUAUGUAGUUCAAGCUUCAAGACCUCGUUCUAUCGAAAACACGGUCUCACUUCUCUCACAAGUACAUCUUGUGCAGAAGUCGAGGAGGAGGAAUAUGAUAGGGUCGACAGCACCAACUUGUACGUACAACGAGUGCAGAGGAUGCAGAUACAAAUGCAGAGCUGAGCAAGUUCCAGUUGAAGGCAAUGACCCUAUCAAUAGUGCUUAUCAUUAUAGAUGUGUUUGUCAUAGAUAAUAAUGAUACAAUUUCUUAUAAUUUUGCCUUUUUUCAUUGCAAUUUUUGUAUGACUUGAUUGCAUUUUUGUUAUGAGAUGUUUUGGUUAGCAUUAUGAUUUGAUUAGUAGUUCAUUA